AUGUCCCGACACAUCAACGUUCCCUGGCUUGCUUUGCCGAGUGGCAGCUGUUGCCUCAAAGGGCACUUGCACGUUGGGGAUCCACGUGGGACAUUUGAGACGAUUGCAGGCGUGGAUACAUAUGUCGUGAAGCCGCCGGAGGGAAAAGCGAACGGACACGUGCUGUUCUACUUCGCGGAUGUGUAUGGGUUGUUUACGAAUGCUCAGUUGGUCAUGGAUGAGUUUGCUGAUGAGUGGAUACAUGCUGGAUACUUGACGCUGGGACUGGACUAUUUUCAGAACGACCCGGUGUUCCUUCAUCGAGAUGGGCCAAAGACAUCCAAACCUGGCUUCGACUUCGAAGCCUGGAAGGAGAAGCACACCGCCUUCGCCGACGCCAAAGUCCCGGAAUGGACCGCCGAAGCGAAGAAGCAAUACGGUCAAGCAGCCACGAAGUACGCUUGCGUUGGAUACUGCUUCGGCGCCCCAUACGUUUGCAACUCCCUCGCAGACGGCACAUGUCAAGUCGGCGGCUUCGCACAUCCCGCAUUCCUCAAAGAACACCACUUCCGCAAUCUGAAGGCGCCGCUUUUCCUCAGCUGUGCGGAGAUUGACCACACCUUUGCGACGGAAAGCCGGAAUCGGGCGAUUGACAGGUUGAGGGAAGAUGGCAGGGAAUAUCAAUUGCAGUUGUUCUCGGGGGUGCAGCAUGGGUUUGCGUUGAGGGCGAAUUUGAAUGUGCCUUAUGAGCGUUGGGUGAAGGAGCAGUCGUUAAAGGGAUUGACGGUGUAUUUUGACUUUUGGCUUUCGCAGUAG